UCAUAAGUAUUCAACAUGUGCCUAGUAACUACAGCUCUUGUCCUCGUGCUAACCCUAUUGGUGCUGGUCUACGUGUUUCUAACAUGGAACUUCAACUAUUGGAGAAGUCGUGGCAUCAAGACGGCUCCCACUUGGCCAUUUGUUGGAAGUUUUCCCAGCAUUUUUACAAGAAAGCGUAAUAUUGCCUACGAUAUCGAUGAUAUCUAUGAAAAGUAUAAAGACACGGAAAACAUGGUGGGCGUUUUUACCACCCGAGUGCCCCAGUUGCUGGUCAUGUGUCCGGAAUAUAUACACAAGAUCUAUGCCACCGAUUUCCGUAGCUUUCAUAAUAAUGAAUGGCGUAAUUUUGUGAACAAAAAAACGGACAUGAUCCUGGGCAACAAUCCGUUCGUGUUAACUGGCGACGAAUGGAAGGAAAGAAGGUCGGAGAUCAUGCCAGCACUGUCCCCCAAUCGAGUAAGUAACCUCAUUAAGCACCUACCCAAUCAAAAUUGUAUCUUUAUAUUGCGAAAGGUCAAGGCCGUUUACCCAGUGUCGCAGAGCGUGUGCAGAAAGUUCGUGGAAUAUAUUAGGCGCCAGCAGCAGAUGGCCAGCUCCCAGGGAUUGGAUGCCAUGGAUCUGUCCCUUUGCUACACCACCGAAGUGGUUUCCGACUGCGGCCUGGGAGUCUCGGCCCAGAGUUUCACGGACACGCCCACGCCGCUGUUGAAAAUGAUAAAGCGUGUGUUCAAUACCUCCUUUGAGUUCAUCUUCUACAGCGUUGUUACAAACCUGUGGCAGAAGGUGCGCAAGAUCUACAGCGUACCGUUCUUUAACAAGGAAACGGAAGUGUUUUUUCUGGACAUCAUCAGGCGAUGCAUUACUUUGAGACUGGAAAAGCCAGAGCAACAGCGCGACGAUUUCCUCAACUACAUGCUGCAGUUGCAGGAGAAGAAGGGCCUGCACACGGAUAACAUUCUAAUUAACACGAUGACCUUCAUUCUGGACGGAUUCGAGACUACGGCUCUGGUUCUAGCGCACAUUAUGCUGAUGUUGGGACGUAAUCCGGAGGAGCAGGAUAAGGUCCGCAAGGAAAUUGGCAGUGCGGAUCUGACCUUUGAUCAAAUGUCCGAGCUCCCGCAUCUGGACGCCUGCAUAUAUGAAACUUUGCGUUUGUUUUCACCGCAAGUUGCAGCCCGCAAGCUGGUCACCGAACCCUUUGAGUUUGCGAACAAGAACGGACGCACUGUGCACUUGAAACCCGGAGAUGUGGUUACCAUACCCGUAAAAGCUCUGCACCACGAUCCGCAGUAUUAUGAGGAUCCUUUGACAUUCAAGCCGGAACGUUUCCUUGAGAGCAAUGGAGGUGGUAUGAAAAGUUACCGAGACAGGGGUGUUUACCUAGCCUUUGGCGAUGGACCUCGUCACUGUCCAGGAAUGCGAUUUGCGCUGACUCAACUCAAAGCAGCUCUGGUUGAAAUCUUGAGGAACUUUGAAAUCAAGGUUAAUCCCAAAACCCGCUCGGACAAUCAGAUAGAUGAUACAUUCUUCAUGGCCACCUUGAAGGGUGGUAUUUACCUGGACUUUAAGGACCUUACUGCGGCAGCUCAAUUGAGUUCCAGUUGGUUUUCAUCCGCGUUGGCGAGACGUUGUGCCAUGUGUACGAUUUCCACGGCUCUUCUUGUGAUUGCGGCCAUUCUGGCCUUGAUCUAUGUCUUUCUGACAUGGAACUUUAGCUACUGGAAGAAGAUGGGCAUUCCUACGGCCAAGUCAUGGCCCUUUGUGGGCAGUUUUCCCAGCGUUUUCACCCAGAAACGGAACGUGGUCUACGACAUCGAUGAGAUCUAUGAGCAGUACAAGAACACCGAUAGCAUUGUGGGAGUGUUCCAAACCAGAAUUCCACAACUAAUGGUCACAACGCCGGAAUAUGCGCACAAGAUAUUUGUUAGUGACUUCCGCAGCUUCCACGACAACGAGAUGGCUAAGUUUACCGACAGCAAGAAGGAUCCCAUUCUGGCGAACAAUCCUUUUAUAUUGACCGGUGAGGCCUGGAAGGAAAGACGCGCCGAAGUUACUCCCGGACUUUCGGCAAAUCGGGUCAAAGCUGCCUAUCCCGUCUCGCUGCGGGUUUGUAAAAAGUUCGUGGAAUAUAUAAGGCGACAGAGCCUGAUGGCCCCCGCCCAAGGACUAAAUGCGAAGGAUCUCUGCUUGUGCUACACCACCGAAGUGAUUUCCGAUUGUGUCCUGGGCAUUUCCGCCCAGAGUUUCACGGAUAAUCCCACACCCAUGGUGGGAAUGACCAAGCGCGUCUUCGAACAAUCUUUCGGCUUCAUCUUCUACACGGUGGUCGCCAAUCUAUGGCCACCAAUCACGAAAUUCUACUCCGUUUCCCUGUUCGCCAAGGACGUGGCUGCGUUCUUCCAUGACAUCAUGCGGAAGUGCAUCCAAGUGCGACGGGAAAGUCCGGCGGCACAGCAGCGAGAUGAUUUCCUCAACUACAUGUUGCAGUUGCAGGAGAAAAAGGGACUGAAUGCGGCGGAGUUGACCUCGCACACAAUGACAUUUUUGACGGACGGAUUCGAGACCACCGCGCAAGUGCUUACCCACACACUCCUCUUCCUGGCCCGCAAUCCCGAGGAGCAGCAAAAGUUGAGGGAGGAGGUCGGUACCGCCGAGCUGACCUUUGAGCAAAUAAGUGAGCUGCCCUUCACCGAAGCCUGCAUCCAUGAAACCUUGAGAAUUUUCUCACCUGUUCUGGCUGCCCGCAAGGUGGUAACUGAACCGUACGAACUGACAAACAAAAACGGAGUGAGCGUGAAACUGAGACCCGGGGAUGUAGUCAUCAUUCCUGUGAACGCCUUGCACAACGAUCCACAAUACUACGAGGAACCUCAAUCCUUCAAGCCCGAGCGAUUCCUGAACAUCAAUGGCGGAGCCAAGAAGUACAGAGAUCAGGGCCUAUACUUCGGUUUUGGCGAUGGACCCCGUAUUUGUCCCGGCAUGCGGUUUUCACUCACCCAAAUCAAAGCUGCCCUGGUGGAAAUCGUGCGAAACUUUGACGUCAAGGUUAAUCCCAAAACGCGCAAGGAUAAUGAAAUUGAUGAUACCUACUUUAUGCCUGCCUUAAAAGGCGGCGUUUGGCUGGACUUUGUUGAACGCAAUUAGAUAUUCGAUGACGAUUUUAUAUUAAAUAUAGUUUGACCAGUUGCAUACAUGUUAUAUUUCAAAACA